AUGGAGUUGGAACGCGUCGAGGCGGUGAUGCGUCGCUUAAGCAUCAAUCAUGAGGCGGAGCCUCUCGCCGGAAAGGUCGUCAGCAUCAUCGUCGCCAUGAUAUCGGCCUGUCUCCUUGCUAGUCUUUUUGUGAUGAGAUGGACAUCAGUGAAGGACUGGAAGGCAUUACCGUGGACGAUGUGGCUGGUUGUACUCAUCUACUUCUUCUCCUUUCUGUUUGUAUUCGGCACUUCAAUCCUACAAUUUGGAUUCGGAGCCGAUCUGAACUUCGACACUUGUUCCGCCGCGACACUUUUCUGUUUGGGGGCAUAUGUGUCUACCAAGUUCAUCUACCUCUUCAUGGUUGAUAGGGCACACAUCAUUAGACAAACGAGGAAAAGGCGCUUAAAGUCGAAACUCUAUCUUUUCAACUCAUUCGGCAUGUUGGGCGUGUUCGUCCUGGUUGUUAUCAUGAACUUUAUUUUCCGAAUUACUCAUUUCGAGAAUGGCAUCUGCAUUAUUGGGAUGGAACAGCCAGUGUUGCUGCCACUCAUCUCUUUCGACGCAGCUGUGAAUGUUUAUCUCACAAUUUUGUUUUUACUUCCUUUACUGAGUCUACACUCCGUGAAGUACAAUUUCUGGAAGCCAUGGACAUUGGACUGGCGUAAUCGUCGUAUCCCCAGAGCUCCACCCAAUGUUCGGCUACGAAAACUCGUGAUACGCACUUUCAUUGGUUCUUGCUGCACUCUUGUUAGUAGUGUGACAAAUCUGAGUGUUCUCAUGGCUUUGAAUGGGGAGGUGGCAUGGCUGUGCUUGCUAUGCUGCAACACCGAUAUAUUUUUCUCGGCCCUGGUCAUCAACUGGAUUACAUCACCUAGCCAGGAGUCAACCUUACGAACCCUGACACGACCAUCGCGCGGCAUAUCCACACUAAGGGAUGAUGCCGUUACUAUUCCGCUUGAUCCCGACGGCAACAGCACGAGCACGAGAAAGAGUUGGGAGCAGAGGCGAUCAAAAACACCGACAACAAUCGGCCUCGAAACAGCAGAAGCACCUGAUGACGCCGAUACAGAACUAGGCGAGCGCUGCGUGCGAGACGACGACGAAGCUGACGCAGAUCAGGCAUUUGAGAGGGAAGGGAGGCACUUGGGCGAUGAAGACGAUAUUGAAAUAAGUGCCGCCGAAUUACGAGGUGCCCAGGCAUGA